AUGUUGUCUUCUGGGUUUGUGGGGCUCCUGAUUCUACUGUGCGCUGUCGUUUUGGCGCUCUCGUUGAUUUACAUAUGGUCGUUUUGUUACUUGGCGAAGUACCGGGGCGGAGGCGACGGCGGCGAGGCGGCGGCGGCGGAGGCGGCGAAGGGUGGUCGAGAAAUGGGGCUGUCGGCGGCGCAACUGGAGAGGCUUCCGAGAAUCAGAGGGGAUGGUUUGGCGGUGGGGAAUGAUUGUGCGGUGUGUUUGGAUGGAAUCGAGAGGGAUCAGGUGGCUCGGAUGAUUCCCGGGUGUAAGCAUGUAUUCCAUCUGCGAUGCGCCGACACGUGGCUGGCUUUGCACUCGGCUUGCCCGCUUUGCAGAAGUAAGAUUAGGCCGGAGCUUCUUGACCCGCCCGAAGAUAGCCCGUGUUGA